AUUUCCAUUCCAAGCUCUUCGACUUGGGAUCAUAUCCCAAACGCAUUGCAUCGCCAGGGAGCAGUGACUACUCUUUGCCCUUUACCUCCGACCGGUCUCUCUUCCAAAGCUGUAUUGAAGAAGAAAUAUUUCUCUAUUUCGAUCCCAGAAAAUGUGGAGGAUGGCAGCGGCGCUGACACGCAUCGCGGCCGUCGGUGGUGGCACUGCCGCUCCUGCCCGCUCUGCACACUGCUCUUCCAUGCAUCACCCCGUCACUGUCCUCUGUCGCCAGAUUAGCACGGAGGCACAAAGUGUUGCGGCUCGGCUCAAUAGUUCUGGGUUUUUACGAACUCAAGCCCUCAUUGGUGGAAAAUGGACUGAUGCUUACGAUGGGAAAACCAUAGGGGUCAACAACCCUGCUACUGGUGAAGUUAUAGCAAAUAUCCCAUGCAUGGGUGCAAGGGAGGCAAGUGAUGCAAUUGGUUCAGCUUAUGAUGCAUUCAAAUCUUGGAGCAAACUUACUGCUGCUGAAAGGAGCAAAUGCUUACGAAAAUGGUAUGACUUAUUAAUUGGCCACAAAGAAGAGCUUGGGCAACUUAUGACAUUAGAGCAAGGAAAACCUUUAAAAGAGGCUAUUGGUGAGGUUAACUAUGGUGCCAGUUUUAUUGAGUUCUCAGCGGAGGAGGCUAAACGUGUAUAUGGUGAUAUAAUUCCAUCACCACUAUCUGAUCGUCGGUUAUUUGUUCUGAAGCAGCCUGUAGGUGUUGUUGGGGUGAUUACACCGUGGAAUUUUCCUUUGGCAAUGAUUACUCGAAAGGUUGGUCCUGCACUUGCCUGUGGUUGCACUGUGGUUAUAAAACCCUCUGAACUUACCCCCUUGACUGCUCUAGCAGCAGCUGAGCUCGCCCUUCAAGCUGGAAUACCACCGGGUGUUGUGAAUGUAGUCAUGGGACAUGCUUCUGAUAUUGGGGAUGCUUUACUUGCGAGUCCACAGGUAAGGAAGAUCUCAUUCACUGGUUCAACAGCUGUUGGGAAGAAAUUGAUGGCUGGCGCUGCUGGGACUGUUAAAAAGGUAUCUCUGGAACUUGGCGGCAAUGCACCUUGUAUAGUAUUUGAUGAUGCAGACUUGGAUGUGGCAAUAAAAGGGACUUUGGCAUCAAAAUUCCGUAAUAGUGGACAAACAUGUGUCUGUGCAAAUAGAAUAAUUGUGCAAGAAGGUAUUUAUGAAAAAUUUGCAGAUGCUUUUUCAAAAGCUGUCCAGAAAAUGCAAGUUGGGGAUGGUUUUCAUGAUGAUGUGUCUCAGGGCCCGCUAAUUAAUGAAGCUGCAGUGCAGAAGGUUGAAACAUUUCUGGAAGAUGCUAUAUCAAAGGGAGCAAAAGUCAUCCUUGGUGGCAAGAGACAUAGCCUUGGAAUGACCUUUUAUGAGCCUACAGUAAUAACUGAUGUGAAGAGUGACAUGCUCAUAUCAAGGGAGGAAGUAUUUGGACCUGUUGCCCCGCUUUUGCGGUUUAAAACUGAAGAGGAAGCAGUUCAAAUUGCUAAUGACACAAAUGCAGGCUUAGCUGCAUAUGUUUUCACAUCAAAUAUUCAACGUUCUUGGCGGGUCUCUGAGGCUCUUGAAUAUGGAAUUGUUGGAGUCAAUGAAGGAAUAGUUUCUACAGAGGUGGCACCAUUUGGAGGUGUUAAACAGUCAGGUCUUGGACGGGAAGGUUCCAAGUACGGGAUGGAUGAAUAUUUGGAAAUGAAAUAUAUCUGCUUAGGAAAUAUGCUGAGUAAUUGACAUCAGAGAUUGCAUCAGUGGCUUCAAACCAUCUGGUCCUGAAGUUGUUUGGUGAAGAAAAUGCUAUCUCGAGCCUCAGAGUUGGGAUAAAACGAGCUUUCGGAUGGAGACUUGCUGUGGGGAUCUGAAUAACUUCCACUUGUAUUUAAAUAAGUCCACAUGCUUUUCUGUUGUAAACCCCUUUUCCCCACCCUUUGUUAACUGUAAAAUUUAGAUUUUGAGCAGUUGUUUAAGAAGUUAAGAACGCAUGCCCGGCGUCUAAAUUAGACAAAUUGGACAAUCAUCAGACAUUGUUUGGUGUGUUCAGUGGUAGUAAGUUUGGGAUCUCUAAGAUUGCCACUAUUGCAAACU